AUGCCCAAAAUCAGAACAAAAUCUAAUACAAAAUAUCAGGAAGAGAAUCAGCAAAUUUCUGAUAUAGAUAUCGAACCUAUUUUAUCUCACAAACGAGUAAGACAUGCAAAUCGUUUUAGACUAAUUAUAAAGCCACAAUCUGAAUCUGAUAAUUCUGAUAAUAGUUUCAAUAGUAGUUCAAAUGAUAAUUUUGAUGAUGGCUCUGAUUUUGAAGAUUCAGAAAUAAAUGAAAGUGGAAUUUCGUCAGAUGAUAUGUUAGAUAAAAAUAAUGAUUUUGCCAAACAUUCGAAGAUUAUUCAACUCCUUCAUUUACACUAUAUCAAGAAUCAAAUGACGCUCAAUCAAAAAACUUUGAUGGAUUUUUAUGGAUAUUAG